AUGAUGUUGGACAUGAUGUCGAAGGAGCUGAAGGACCAGGACCCAGUGCUAACCAUCAGAAGGAACUUACAACAAGUUGUUCAACGUCAUUCACACGUACACUCGCUCAAGCAGAUAAUCGAGACCAUAUUGAAAAUUAAACUACCGUGCAAAACAUUAAAGAGAGAUGAAGAUGAGGAUGAUGAUGAAGAAAGUAAGGAAUUAGGUGAGGCGCUGAGGGAUGGUUCCCUGCUGUGUCAACUGGCCAAUGCACUUAUUCCAAAAUCCAUCUCCAACAUCUACACUCCCACUAAUUAUAAGGUUGCCACAAACAACAUGAACACAUUUUGUACAUUUUAUUUCUGUUUCUUCCUCUUUAACUGA